UCGUCCGUAUAAUUAACCAGUCAAAUUCAAACACUCCCAAAUUUCAAACAUUUCUGCUACCAACUCCUCUCUUUCUCUCUUUCUCUGAGAAAAAAUGGCCAGUGAAAGUGGAAAACUUAUCAACAGUAGGAAGCAGGGAGAAGGUGUGGUGGUGUAUCCACCCAGACGCAUGUCGGCGGCGAGGACACCGUGGCCACCGGAGGUGAAGUUAGCAGCAACAGCGGUGGAGCUGAACGUGCGUCCGAGAUCAGCUGAUAUGCCGGCAGAUAUGCAAGAGAGAGCUUUCCGUUACUCCAGAGCUCUCGUUGAUGCCGCUCCAGACAAACGACCCAACCUCACCCAUCUCGCUCUCUCGCUCAAGAAGGAAUUUGAUGCGUCUUACGGACCAGCGUGGCACUGCGUGGUGGGGAAGAGCUUCGGGUCGUUCGUGACACACUCGCUGGGUGGGUUCCUAUACUUCUCUGUUGACGAUUUCUCUUUUCUUCUCUUCAAGACGGAGGUCCGACCUGUAACCACCAAAACUCCCCAGGAUACUGGCGAUGGUAAGUAGAAACCAAAUUCUCUCGGGUAUCCUCUGUAUCUCAACUAUCAAAAUCCUCUCCCAAGUUUUCAACUUUUCUUCAUUAUAGGAAUAACCCAUUUUGA